CGGCUGGGAACGGGCGGUGGGGAGCGGGCGGAGCUGGCCCUGCCUUUGCCUGGCCGGCGCCGCAGUCGGCGCGGGCUGCACCGCCGCCAUAAACUGCACUGAGCGCCUGCUGAGGCCGAGGGAGACGUCGGGGCCUGCACCUGGAGGGAGCCUGCCGCGCUGGCCCCGAGGAGGGGGCGUUGCCAUGGCGACAGCCUCUCCCGCCGCUGACGGGGGGCGGGGGCGGCCCUGGGAAGGAGGGCUGGUCUCCUGGCCCCCUGCCCCUCCCCUUACUCUCCCCUGGACUUGGAUGGGCCCGAGCUGGGGGCAACACCCCGGGGUCUCUGGCCACUCCUGUGAUACUGGCUCUUGUCAGACAUUUUAUCAGUCGCCCAGCUGUGGAAGGGUAAAAAACCACAAAUCCCAUUGGCAUUGGGGCUUUCCAGCCCUCACAGAACCUUCAGCAUCCCCAGCUGGCAGUCUUGGCAUCUUCGAAGUAAGGAGAGUUUUAGAUGCUUCUGGAUGUUCAAUGCUAGCACCUUUACAGACUGGAGCAGCUCGAUUUUCUUCAUAUUUACUUUCAAGAGCAAGAAAAGUGCUGGGCUCCCACUUAUUUUCUCCCUGUGGUGUUCCGGAGUUCUGCUCCAUAUCCACCAGAAAGCUGGCGGCCCACGGCUUUGGCGCAUCCAUGGCGGCAAUGGUGCCCUUUCCUCCCCAGAGGUAUCACUACUUUUUAGUGCUGGACUUUGAGGCCACGUGCGACAAGCCACAGAUUCAUCCUCAGGAGCGAUGUAUGAGGCGUGCUGCACAGCCAACGUUCUGCAAGCCUGUUUGCACACCAGGACCUUGGUGCUGUGCAUCUCUAUUAAAUAACGGAGACAGAUUAAUCUUAGAGACACCAAACAAAUUGUCACUCCUCCUCCUUCUCUUCCAUUACGUUCCAGUGGACUGGGAAGGACUGGCUAAGCGAUUGGAAAUCAUUGAGUUCCCCAUCUUGAAGCUAAAUGGCCGGACUAUGGAGAUUGAAUCUACCUUUCACAUGUAUGUCCAGCCUGUAGUCCAUCCGCAGCUUACUCCCUUCUGUACAGAGCUCACCGGGAUUAUUCAAGCCAUGGUGGAUGGUCAGCCAACCCUGCAGCAAGUGCUGGAGAGGGUCGAUGAGUGGAUGGCAAAGGAAGGCCUCUUAGAUCCAAACGUCAAGUCAAUUUUUGUCACCUGUGGAGACUGGGACUUAAAAGUCAUGCUCCCGGGCCAGUGCCAGUGCUUGGGCUUGCCAGUGGCGGAUUACUUCAAGCAGUGGAUUAAUCUGAAAAAGGCUUACAGCUUCGCCAUGGGCUGCUGGCCCAAGAAUGGACUUCUAGACAUGAACAAGGGCCUCAGCCUGCAGCACAUAGGCCGGCCCCACAGCGGCAUUGGUCAGUCCCUCCACACGUUCCCCUGGCAGCUCGAUGACUGCAAGAACAUUGCCAACAUCAUGAAGACACUCGCAUAUCGAGGCUUCAUCUUCAAGCAGACAUCGAAGCCGUUCUGAUUGGCCGAGGAUGGGAUGGGGCAGGACAGGGUAGCUGCUUGGCCCAGCCCAGAACCCUCCACGCCCUCACCAGAGGGGAAAAAGGACAGUGGCACAGCUCUAUGUCCAGAGUGUCCCCCAGCCUAUCCUGUGGGCUUCUGCCCUGGGUAAGGGCUUGGCUACUUGGCCCCUCUGGAAUAGACACUUUGUGCCCUCCACCCCGACCCCUCAACCUCAGCCCAGUAUUAGCCCCUCCCAUUGUGGGCCUGGGCUAGGGGGACCCAGGCACUUACCGCCUCCUCCCCGGUACACAGGCUUCUGCUGGGGCCACCAAGCCUCCCUGUGCCCCUUCCCAUCCGUAGUGCAUGGUGUGUGGUGCCCCCAGGGCUCCAGGACAGAUCAGGCCCCACCUUGUGUCUACCCCCAUCCCCGCUGUGAACGUGCCACUGAAUAAAGUCGGGGAAAUGAG